GAGUUCACUCACCACUAUCACUACAAAGUCACAGAGCACUGAUUCAGCAAACUAUCUUCUUCCUUAAACUUAUUCCUCUUCUGUCACCAAAGAAAGAAGAAUAAAAAAGAGAGGGCAUAAUGAGGUCAUGGCUACUGAUGUUCCUGCUAAUUUUGUCUGUUCUGAUUCAUGAUGCUCAAGGUAGAAUUUUAAUUAGUAAUAAAGGAUCCACACCAGCUGAAGCUGUUCAUGGGCUACAUCAGGAAAAACUUGGUGAGAUGAACAAGAGCAAUGAUGAGAAAGAAAGCAAGAAGUGGUCAGGAAGCAAUAGGAAACUUACUUUGAUCCAUAUUUCUAGCACUACCACCAUUGCUAAGAGUGGUGAAAUCAAAGCUUACUUAAAAUCGGAGGCCCUUGUUUCAACUAACUCGAAAAUGGGAAGGGAAGACCAAAAUGUUGUUGUUAAUUCAUCAUCGAAAACGCAGCAAGAGCAAGACAUUGUAGACAUGGCUGAGAUGGAUUACACCUUGGCAAGAAGAAAACCACCAAUACACAAUUAAUACAACUUUUCUAAGUUGAAGAAGAAGAUUGUCUAAGCAAAAAGGGUGCAGCAUUGCAGAAAUGCUGCCAGUGUGUAUAUAAUAGAGUGUAUUUUUAUGAAAUCCUAAUAAUUGUAUUAGACUAUGUGAUGAUCAUUGUGAUCAAAUUAUAAGCACUAUAUCAGGAUAGGAAAUUGUUUUGUUAGCUUUUUUAAUUUAAAAUAAUUAUA